AUGUUGUUCGUCCGUGCGCUGCACACGAAGGGAAGGCUGGCAUUCUUUUCGUGCUCUAAUUUGUUCGCUCUUCUCAACUGGGAGACCGGAAUGCGUUGGAUAAUAGAUAUAGCCGAGCUAGAUGAAGAAGAGAUAUGGAAUGGAAUAAUUGGGGCAAAGUUCAUUACCCACCGCCACAUCCUAUGCAUCAAGUCCCAUGCGGUCGAGCUAUUAACAUUGCCCUGUCUCCAGACCAACGCAGAAUGCCAUGCAAAGUCACCUAGCGCCAACAUGAGUUGCACGUCAACCGACAAUCAUUUUCGUGUACAGGUCAUCGCCCAUACGUUCUCCCAGACAACCUUCCGCGGGUCGUCCUUCUCUGCACCCACGGACCUUUAUGUAUCCGGCACAGACGAGUCACUCGCGACUGUCUUCUUCCUCGCAUACGACGUCCUGCGCGGGCUAUUCCACUACCGCGUCUCGCUGAUGCUCCCUCCCGACUCUGCCUCUAACAACUUGCCCCCGCACAUGUCCGUCCGCCUCGUGGCCGCGCAUCAGAUGGCCAUGCCCAUCAGCUCUGCGGGGAGUGGCGCACGGAUACCGAGGAGUGGCUUCGGUCCCGGCGCCCGAGGGUUCGUUUCCACGUGCGCCCUUGGAUCCACGGGUAGGCGCGGCGUAUGGAUUGAGCGCAGACGAGGCAGCGUGAGGAGGGGCGUGGUGGGGUUCAGCGCUUUGAUCGAACUUCUCGAGGAAGAGCCGGAAUCAGAGAAGGCGCCGGAGCAGCAGGCCGGUGAUGAGUUGCUAACGGCGGCCACAGGAGAAUCGGACGAUGAAGCAGAGGUCGACUGGUGGGAUAGUGCCAAUUGCCGUGCGAUAGAGGGAUCGACGAUCUACGAGGUCAACUCUUACGACCUGCGCGACGAUAUCACUCAUUGUGCGUUCUCCGAAGCAGCAGGACGAGUCGUUCUUGGAACAAGGAACGGAGAUAUUCAAUAUCUUUGA